GGGACCAUGAGUGCUGCGGCCCGGGAGGACCCAACGCGUAUUCAGUGUUUCGCCACGGCCGUGAGCCACCAGUGAAGAAAAUAUAGUGAGGUGAUGGUCGGGGUGAGCGUCGGAGUGCGUGAUGCUGGUGCCAGCCGCACAAUUCACCGGUGGUGGGCGCAAUGCGGUGCGACCGAUCCCCUCCACGUCCUCCUCUAAGGAGGACCUCAAAAAGAAACUUAGGCCCCUUAAGCAAAGCGAGAAAGAGCAGCAGGAACAGCUAGAGCAACUGGUGGACCGAGCCCAGCUAGAUGCUGGCAAGGAGGCGCUUAGACAACUCCUCAAGGAGAGAAAAUCGAAAAAGAAAAAGAAAACUUCGUGUGCGUCAUUAUUGAAACUUUAUCUUACUAUCUUGGCGGGUCUGAUGAUCAUAGGCGGGUUGUUUACACUGCUGUUCCUCGUGCCCAUGACCAUUGACCCGGCGCUGGCCACGCUCACCUACGAGUUCCAGCCCACGCCCGCCCUCUGCAUGACCACCUUCGCCGAGGUCGUGGUCGGCCUCAAAAAUAUAUCUUGGUGUUCGUGUACGGAAGGCUGCACGAGAGACGUUUAUAACUGUUCGCAAAUCACUGUAGUGUACAGAAACUGUACAGUGAAAAAUGACUCCGAAUCGGAUAUUAACGCCGUGGAGAACGAGUGUGAUCUGGGCGUGAACAGCACGCUGGCUGACGACGACGCCCAGAACAACACCACCUACAUCGACGCCGCCCACUGGGACGUGUUAAACGGCUCCUUAUUCAUAAACGUUAAAGGGUGUGGCUACCCGCCCGCGGUCAACUGCUCCAUAUUUUACCAAUACUUCGGCAAGCCGGGUCGCAGGUUCUGGUGCUACUACAGCAAACUCGACCCCUACCUGGUCAUGCCCGAGUACGACCCGCAGGCGGCCGAGUUUGAGCUGGUCCAGUCCUUAGGCUGGACCAUCGGGGCUCAGAUAGGCGGGCUCCUCAUAAUAGUGCUCCUCCACUGCCCCUACAUGGCCUUCAUCAAGAAGUCGUGUCGUCGGUCUCCUACUUUACCCCCCAAGUCGGUGAAGGGGAACAACAGCUCUAGCUCGACUACAAACCUGGUCGGGGCCUGGAAGGACAAGGACAAACCCCGCCAGCCAGUGUUCCAGAGAGAUUGGUACGACGUCCACACCUGAGCUACCCACCUGAGCUACCCACCUGAGCCACCCACCUGAACUACCCACCUGAGCCACCCACCUGAGCCACCCACCUGAGCCACCCACCUGAGCCACCGCUCACCCACUGAAGAAGCUCACCUGGAGUACCUCACUCAGUGGUGGAGUCAACAUGAAUAUACGAACGGCACUACUCCACUGGUUUCUCCCACUGAGGUGUAAGCAGAGGGUAUUCAUUCAACCACCUCCAGGACCCACUGGCAAGCCAAUUAGGGCACCCAGUGGUGACACGUAGACAGCACCACUGGAGAACCCACUUAAUGAACUACUGUACUGUACCUCCGUGGUAACCAAUGUGUUGUACUCAGUGACACCCCAACUAAAGCGUACUCAGUGGUAGCCCCAGCUAGUGUAUUCAGAGGUACCUCACUUACACAACAAUACCUGGUGGGAACCUACGAGAACCUACCUAAAUUACCUACAGGUAGACUAUCAGGUGUUCCAGUACCAACGUAUAACCAAAUAAUGGACACAACCCCCCUUUUCACCUCCCCACUCUAACCCCACCUUAAUACAACCCCACACAUAUUUCUCCCACCCACAGUAACUCUUACCAAGAACGACAGAAAAAAAGUGACAAUAAACGUGUCCGGAAUAUCGAAGGUAUAAAUCACUUCAUAAACAAUUCAGGCAGAGGCGAUCGUAGAGGUGAUCAGGAGCGAGCAGGAACGGGACGAAGAGACGAUCUGAAUGAACAAGAAACACGGAACAGAGACGAGUAGUGACGAAAAGUGAAGAUGACGAGAAGAAACAAGGAACAGAGACGUGAGGUAAUGGCUGCCUACCUGAAGAAAGCCUUACCUGUAUUUACACCUGACCUCGGAGUUUCAAGGUCGCCUACAUGUCUCCUUCAACCCUCACCUUCCCCUACCACCACCACCUCCCUCACCUGUACUUCCCUUUGCCCCGUACCUGCAUCGUGUAACAAAUGACACCUCACCUCCUUACCUCCUCCCAACAGUCACGGAGAUCAAAAUUACAUAAAACCUAAUACAGUACUACAAAAAUCUUACCUGUACUGUAAUAACCUCUCCAGUAUUAAAUGUAUUAUGAUCUAUACCAUAUAAUUAUUACAGGUACAGUAAUACCCCACUAUAUCAGUAUUACACUUGCUGUAAUAUACCAUCACAGUAUUAUAUGUACUGCAAUAGCUAUAUCACCUCAGUAUUAUAAAGUAACACACAAUAACACCUGUUAACAUUACGUAUACUGCCAUAUAUGACAUCGCGUUACCUGUGAUGGGGUGGUGCGUCACGGUCACCUGGGGGAAGGGAACCCGUCAUUAAGUGGAAAUUGCACACGUUUCAUUGACCAGACCCGUGACUUGUGGCUCCCUGGCACCGCACAGGCCAGUGAAGGUUGCCUCGUUGUCUGAGAGGUGAGGAGGACACACACACACACACACACACACACACACACACACACACACACACACACACACACAACCUGAAAGACUAAUCUGAUGUGAAGUCUUGACAAACGACGUUUAAAGUCACUGAGAAAGACUAAAGAAUUGUAAAGAACGCUUGAAAGAGGGACAUAAACGCCUGGAGGAUGGAUAAUUCGCCUGAAGGAUGGAUAAAAACGCCUGAAGGAGGAGGAUAUGAACGCCUGAAGGAUUAAAAAGAACGUCCGAGAGAUUGUUAGAACGCCUUAAAAACAAAACAAAAAAAAUCACGCAUUUUAACGAAAAAAUUAACACUCAUGAACCAGUUAAAAACAAAACCUGUAACGAAAAAAAUAAAAUAAAAUAAAGGAGAGUUACACUGAGGGGAAAACAAUGACGUAAGCAAAAAUAAACAACCUCCCCUCAUUUCAAUUUUCCCUCCCCUCCCAAACUUUCUCCUCCCUCUCCUUCAAUAAUUUCCUAGUCCUCCUCCUCCCCUCACCCUAACUUCCUCCUCUCCUAGAAUUCUUCCUCCCUCCUCCUCACCCCCUUCACCUCCUCUGACCUUUUAAUUGUAACAGGAUAUUAAAAAAAAAUAAACUGCAAUAAAGUUGACAGAAGGAAAUAUUUAAACACCAAGAUUAUUAUGAUGUAACGAGGUAGCAUUUCUCUCCUCCCCCCCCAGUCUAUCUCCCCGUCCCUCCCUCCCCCUCUCUCUUCCUUUAUCUCCAUUUCCUUCAUCUCCUCACCUACUUAUAUCCCUUCUUCAUUUCCUUCCCCCACCCAUUCCACCUAUUAUGUCGCCUACCCUUUCCCCCCAGCGCCCCUUUCAAGCAUCCCUAUCCCUUCCCUCCCUCACUUCAACUCAUCCCCAUCCCUCAGAGAAGAAUGAGGAGGAGGAUGGAGAGGAGGAGGAAGAGGAGGAGGAGGAUGGAGAGGACGAGGAUUCUAUAAAUGAGUAUUAGUAUAACGUGUAAUCAAUGGUCAGGAUUCUAAGAGAUUCGUAAAUUAAUCCAUUUUUUCCCACUUUCCCUAAACCACAUUGAAAGGUACCUACAGUCUCAGUAAAGUUUCGACGCCAUUUUUAACCUAGAGCUGAAAAUGGCGUUCGAAACUUUACUCAUUUGUCGUAAAGUGAGUCAGCUAUGUACGUUCUUACAACCCCCUGUUAGGAUGGAAAUAAGGGAUUAACUGGGCUUAACUGGCGAAUCUCUGAAAUCCAACUCCGAGGGAUUUACGUGAGGCAGGGAAGUGGUGUGAUGAUGUUGACGUCACACACAAGUUGCCAAAUGUACUUUGUAAUAAUUAUGUUUUUGUUUUGUUUUUAUUUACUGAUGUAUUAUUAACAAGUAGUCAUUAAUAUUGUGAAUAGUACCAUGCAUAACCCCGCUGUAUAUAUAUGCUAUAUUUUUUUUCUCCAAAUAUUGAAGCACAAGUUACCAUUGUGAUAAAUAAUUGUGAUAAGCUGUUCGUAUGAUUAGACAUACCUAUAUAUCUCAACUACUACCACACACAUGAACAACCACACUUAUGUAUUCUAAAAGAACCUAAUGUAUAUGGGUCAAGUUCUAUAUAUAAUUUCACUAGAUGCAACUAAGUCGGUAUUAAUAAGUAUUUUCAAGUAUAGUUAAAGAUUCAUGUGAAGAAAGAAUUAAUGUUUGUGACCAAUAUGUAUAAAUUCACUAAAUGCAACAAAGUUUAUAAUAUUUAAGUAUUUCCGAUUCUAAAUGGAGGCCAAACCCUUGUCAUCAGUGCCAGAUCCUAUUAUUCAUCACCAACACGACUGUCAUUUGUUUC